AAAAUAUUCAUCAGGAUGAAUGUAUCCUGUUUGAGGAAUAAAUGUUAGAAUAAUUCUUAUAACAACCAAGAUCCAAUAAAGUCCCAUUUUUCUUUUUAUUGGUAUAGCAGAAAACUGUUAAGAAAGUUAUUUCAUAUAGGAAAACCGCGUGGCAAUUUAUUACGCAUGCGCGACCACGUACGAUAUUUGGACGACAACACAACUGCCAACAAACACUUGUGCCUUUUGAUAGUAUUUUAUUAACUGUUCAUUUGUUUAUUGCAUAUAUUACAUUAUGUCCAGUGGUGGAUGGGAAUUAGUUGGAAGAAGUAAGAAAGAUAAAAACAAUGGAAAAAUUAAUAAACUUACAAAGGCCGAAAAAAAGAAAUUUAUCGAAAAUGCUCCAAAAGUGGAAGAUUUUCUUCCUUUAAGUCAAGUAAAAACUUUAUAUGAUAACUUAGAUAACAAUAAAGAAAAUAAAAAGCCAUCAAAGGAGAAAGAAAAUAAAACAAAAGAAAAUGAAGAAAAAAAAAAACAACAAAAACAACAAUCUGAGAAAAAAAAACAUGAACCUAAAGAAAAGCCACCAAAGUCUAUAAAAGAUGCAUUAAAUAUGAUUAAUGUAGCAGAGCUUCACAAUGUUUUCAUUAAUAGUCAAACAAGAUUUCCUGAAGCUCCAUUAAUUUGGUUGAAAGAUCUUGCUGCUUUUCUUAAUAUAAAAAUACCUGUUGAUAAAGAAGAUGUAAUCUUCUCUGGAAAAUCUAAAGAUUAUCCUUUAAGUAUAGUACCUAAAUCAAUUUCUUCUGUAUUAGAAAAAGCAAUUGACAUGGCAGGCAAACAAACAGUACAACUUUUUUAUGAAAAUACUCUUACUACUAUGGCUACUGAUAUGGUAAAAGGGUCACCUGUUUUGGGUCAUAAAAUAUUUUUGCAACUUUUAGCAUAUAUUAAUCCUGAAAUGACAAUUUCUAACAUUUCAAAAUUAAUCAGAAUAAAAAAUUCUUAUCAAAAUAGAAAAAAUAUUGGUCUCUCUUUAUUGUGGGCAAUAUCACAAGCUGGUAGAAAAAACUUAGCUGUGGGUUUGAAAGUGUGGCAUGAAGUAAUGUCUCCCAUGUUAGUAAAAAGUUACUGUAGUUAUGUAGCACAAAUUUUAAACAAUCUUGUGUUUGGACAUGAAACAUUUCAUGAUCUUAAACCAGAACUUUAUCUUGAUAUUGUAGAAGAUAUAUGUUCUGGAAAAUUUAAUGUUUCUGCUUCUAUAGGCAGAGAAAUUAAUAAUAGCAUUGAAAAAUUAAGAUCAAUUUUAUUUAAAAAUAAAAAUAUAAAUUAUGUAAAGCUAUUUGAGAUGUUAAUUACAAAAAUUACACAAAAAAUACAUGCAAAUUAUAGGGAUGAAUUAAUUAAAGCACUUGUGACUUGUUUGGCUACAGAUUCACUUUGUUUUUCUGUUUGGAAAUCUAUUUAUGCCAAAAAUUUAUAUCAAUCUCAUUUGAUUUUAUCAUAUAUUGAUACUAAGUGGCAUGUUUUAUAUACAACAUUGGAAAUAAAAUGUUUGAAAGAAACAUGUAUAGUAUUUCAAACAAUUAAUGAGAGAUGCAAAAAGAGUAAAGAUGAAGGUCUUGCUAAUAAUUGCAGUAAAUUAUGCAAGGCAUUAUUAUUGAAAAUGACAGCCUCUGCCAAUAAAAAAUUUCCCUGGAAAAAGGGAAUUAUUUUGUUAUUACUUUUUAUUAGCGUCAUUCUUGGUUAUGAUAUUUACAAACAUGAUGAUUUUAAAGCAUCUAAUACAAAUAAGUUCUUGAAAACAAGUGGAUUACUUGCCUGUGGACAACAAUCGUGGAUUAUAAUGCAGGAAUAUUCUUAUAAAGCACUUGAACUUGUAGAAGCUACUUCACCUGAAUAUUAUAAAGCAACUAUUGAAACAUGUCAACCUUAUAUCAAAUUAACUGGAAAUGUUUAUAUUAUAAUAAAAAAUCAUUUUUUUAAAAUUUAUGACAAUAUUCUGGAAUAUAUUGAAAAAAAUAGUCCUUUGAUUAUACAAACAAUAGAACAUUAUAUUCCGGGAAUGUUAGAUGAAAUUAAAUUACGAAGUAAUCAAGGAUUAGAAUACGUAAAAGUGUAUUCAAAUUUAUGUGUAGAAAAAUUAAAUGAACAUUCAAUUGCAACUCUUCAAUGGUUAGAACAUAAUGUUUUUGUUGGAAAAUUAAGUCCAGAAAAUUUGCAAAAUUAUGCCUCAAAAGCUAUUGAUACUACACAGACAUUGGCAAGUCAAACUUAUGAUUGGGUCUAUGAAAAGGUGCAAACUCUUUCUAAAGUUCCAUGAAUGAAAUUUAUCAAAAAUUAUGUACCAGUUUUAUUUUGGUGAUAAGGAAAAUCUCCUCUCAUACCUCUGCAUUUAGUUCUAUAAUUCCAAAGUUAAUAUUACACAUUUCCAAAUAUAUUAUGGUGGCCAUUUUGCCUGUGAUAUUUGAAAAAUGUAUUAUAUUCUGAUUGAUUAUGACAUUUUAAAAAUCUACAUAUUUAAUGAAAAUGUCAGUUUCUUUUUUACGUUAAUAUUGUCAAAAUACUAAUUAAAGUAAUAUAUAGACUACUAUAUGUAGUACAAAACUUAAAACUUCUUAUUUUAUACAUUCACUAAUAUAUUUUCAUUUAAUGUCUCUAAUAUGGUGUUCACAAUAAUAAUAUAAAAAUUGAUUUAUGAUCAAA